GUCGAUCAAGAAUAACCCAAAGUUUGGAGUCCACAUAGUGGAAGGCUGUUCCGGAGGUGGCGACUACGUAGAUGUCGGAAUGCUCGUCCAGGAAAGGAUAAAUGGCGAGCCUGAAAACGAAGAGGAAGAUGACGCCAUUCGGGAGCGGCACAAAUUCUUAGCGGAUGAGGGUGUCCCAAAAGCAGGCCGGUUGCUGUUUUUGGUCCUAUUGAAUCAAGCGGCGACGUUGCUAGGCGAUGCACGAACGAUAAGGGAGUUGGCGCUGGAUCUGUGUGCUAGCGAUUGUGGGCCAGACCGACAACACUUUACGUCGCAAGGAGCAGACAUAGUUCGAAAUCGAAAUAGUGGGGCAAUCGAAGACUCGGCUACUCCAACGACUACCGCUGCUCCUCGGCUGGUUGCUUCCCGAGCAGUGAGACCUGGGCCACCUGGAGCGUCUACUUCUCCAUCUGGUAAGAGAAAAGCACAGGAGCAAGAAGAUGAAGAUGAUUGGCUGCUAAGUGCCAGCUCGGAUGACGACGACAGUGACUGUGACAAUGAUGAGGAUGACGAUCUAGUAGAUGAAGACUCCACGACCACAUGUAGGCGAGAAAGACGGACCUCCAUGAUCUAUGGACCUACAACAAUGGUUUGCAGUUCCAUCACUCGGCCUGCUUCACUAACAGGUGGAACUGGCUCAGCAUAUACGACUAGCACCAAUAGCUGCAAGGUAACACGAAAAGAGCGCAUGCGAAUUCUGAGGCACUAUGACCAGCUGAUUUGGAAAGAGAGUCGUCGCGUGCGGCGUCUUUUCGGGCACACUGCACUGUGGAAAGCUUGGCAAAGCAUGACGGCUCCAGGACUUCUGGUUUACCAUCUUCUUAGUGCUGAGGAGAAGGAGAGGUGUAGAACUAGAAGUGCCUCGUCCAGUUCGUCACCCUCUCCAUCUUCCUUUUUUCCUCCUCCUUCGUUCGAACGAAACGCUGUGAUCAAAAGCACGAAGAGCUUCAUCACACGACUGAGUCAAAGCUGGUCGCUUUUUGCAGGAGGUAGACUCGCGUUCGAGCUCUCCCUUGUAAACACGAUACGACUAGCACAACGAAAGAAAACAGGGGGCGCACUUGCGAGGCCGGCCUUAGGCAACGAGCAAGAUGCCAUUGUGCGUGAUCGCUUACUUGCCGUAACGCAUACCUCGACUCCUGGUGCUUCGAUGAAAGCAACAGCUAUAAUCGGUGGAAAAGGAGGAGGAAGACACCAAGUUGGUGUAGGUGAUCAACCGCGCAUGGAAAUCGAGCGAUUAGCAUUGUUUCUGUUCGAAGAACUGGGAAAUAUAGAUCACUUUGCACAGAUCGAGAAUCUAGUGAGAGAGAGACGGCGCCUAAAAAACGAUGUGGACGAGGGAAGAUCUACACGCAGAGCCGCGUCUGCAUAUCUAGAAGAAGAGGGAGCAAAGAUGGAUGUGCCUUUGUUGCC